AUGGUUUUUAUGCGUGUUCUUCCUCCUCCAUCGGCUUCGACAACACCUACCAAGUCAUUCGAUAGUAAUUUUAAACUUGAACCAAAUUUAAGUGCUAAAGAAUUCGGCAGUAAUAGUCAGACAGGUGAAAAUGGUGGUGCCGUUAGUUGUGGCGGUGGUGGUGGUGAUUCCCAGCCACCACCGGUUAAACGAAAAUACAAAAAACGUGUACAAUUCAAUGACAACUUAAAUGGCCUGGCUAAAUUAAAGAAUUUCUCAAAUUUUGCUUUAAAAGCUAAAAAACAUUUGGCAGGUGAUGGAGGUAGCGGUGGUGGCACAGCAGCUGGUAGUGCCAAUGGCAGUGUGGUAGGUGAUAACAAUGUUAGUGCUACGGGAGAUGUGUUGCCGGAAGUAUUGGACUGUCGUAUAGCAGAAAAAAUCAAAAGUGAAAUGGAGGAGAAGUCAGCAUCUAAAGAAUCAUUAGCCUUGUGCUUAAAGAAAAAUGAUGGCUUUGGCGAUGAUGAGGAUGACGAUGAAGAUGAUGCCGGUACUUCAGUUACAGGAGAUGGUGUGGAUGGCUUAAAUGGCCCUAACAGUGGUUUUCGUAUGCGCCACAAAAACAAACGAGGACCUAAGACUAUGAAUCCCCCUGGCUCAUAUAUCGAUGAUGAUGAAGACAUUGGUGAUGUUAGUGAGGAUGAUGAAGAAGACGAAGAAUUGGACGAGGAAGCUUUGGCGCGUGAAAUGAAAAAUGAACAGAAUUUCGUGGAGGAAGAAGAUGAAUUGGAUAUUGCCUUUCGUUCGCAUCAAUCGUGUCGGGAAUGUUCUUUGGCCCAUGAUUAUAAAGUGUGUCCAUUACGCACUUCCAUAGGCACCAUAACAGAUGCAGUUGACUUGGCCGAAUGGGUGGAACGUAAAAAUCUAGAGGCUCUGGCAAAACUCAAAUGCGAUGCUCAAAGACAAGCCAAACAAUUGCAUGGUGAUGAUGAUGAAGAUAUGGAUGAUUCUUCCCAACUAUCCGACUUAGAACUGAAACCUUUAAUAACAUUUGCCGAGGCCUCAGUGCCGGCUGAAUUUGAACUACACAAUGUAGAGCCGAAUGUUACCGGUGUCUUUGCUCGUACCGAAGUAAGAGCUUUCACGAAAUUGGGACCCCUUAUCGGUCAGUCUGUACAAGCUAACGAUAUUCGUGAGGCUAGUGAUAUGAAAUGGAUAUUUGAGAUUUGUGAAGCUGGUGCUGAAAAAUCACAAUUUCUCAUGUGUGAUAACCCGAAUUCAUCGAAUUGGUUACGUUAUAUUAGACCGGCGCCUACCUAUGACGAACGUAAUGUUAAUUUAGUAUUUAUAGAGUCGCGGGCGUUUUUCGUGACAUGCAGGGAUUUGAAAAAUGGUAUGGAAUUGCUGUAUUGGAGUGAUGAUUGCAAUACGAUGUGGCGUAAGAAACAUUGGUCGGAAAAGACAAAUUGUGGCGGUUGCAAUUUGAAAUUUGAUCAUCCUCUUUACUAUCGCACGCACUGCUCGGUAUUCCAUGAUCCAACAAUGAGUCUAACAAUACGUAAAUAUCAUUGUAAAGUAUGCGGUGAAGCGGUAUUGGGUAAGGACAAUAUUAUGAAACAUGCUGCGGAAAAACAUGAUGGCAAAGGUGCACAUCAGUGUCAAUUUUGCAACAAGUUCUUUUUACGUCUCAGUUAUUUGGAAAUGCAUCGCACAUACGGUUGUGCCGCAAAUCCGAAUCGUACACGGCCUAUAUGUGAUUUUUGUGGUCGAAAAUACUAUCGACCACAAAAACUGAAAGCUCACAUUAAGCGUAUGCACAGUGAUGUGGCUGAUGUUUUACGAGAUUUUCAGUGUAACUUAUGUUCAAAACUUCUAGGCUCACGUGCAGCAUUGCAGCGUCAUGCCAAGGAGGUACACAGUCGCAAUUCGACAGUGGUUAGUUGUCCCCGAUGUCAGAAGCUCUUCCAGAAUCGCAGCAAUUUGAAGAUACAUAUGCUAACUCAUUCCGGUGUGAGGCCAUUUAAAUGUUCGGAAUCGGAAUGUAAUGCUGCCUUCACCACCAAACAGUGUCUGCAAUUUCAUUAUAAGAAGGUCCACAAUUAUUCACAGGAACAAAUGCCGAAAAUUGAACGUAGUGUGGCUUAUACAUUUGAUGCUUAUUCGGGUGGUAUGAAAGUUGAUUUUCUGGAACAAGCUCCUCGUAGAAGACGCAAGAGUUUGGAGGAUCAGAAUUCUGUUAUGAGUUCCAGCAUUCAAAGUGAUGCUGAAUUUUCCGAUGACAACAUUUUCGAAGCCAUUAAAAAGUCCGGCAAGUCUAUCAAGGAUCUGUGUCGCAAUGAACCCAAUCUAUCACUGCUAUCCUCGAAAAUUUCUAGUAUAUUUGGCGAGAAACCACCACCACGCAAGAGAGGUCGCAAACCCAAAGAUUAUCAUUUAAUGGAGCAACAGGAACAAGAGCAUAUGGAGCAAAUGAGACGUAAACAAAAUGCUCAACUAAGUUUAGUUGAGUCUUUCUUAACAACCACCGCCCAACGUUUGACGGCACAGCAACAAGUACAACAAGUUGUAGCAGCUGCUGCCGCUGUCUCAGCUAUGACUGGAGCUACAGCUGAUGAUCCCACUAGCAAAAUGCAUAUGAUGACUGGUUUGAAUACACAACACAUGGGCAUGGGUCAUCAUCAUCAGUCGACCAUGGGUCAUGAUGAAGACGAUGAAGAGGAUGAUGAUGAGGAAGAGGACCAUGGUCACCAUGGCCAUCAUGGUGGUCAGCAAAUGACCCAUGACAAUAACGGUUAUCGCCAUAACCCGGGCAUGAAUGCCAUGGGUCAAAAUUUGGUUGUGAGUAAAGGAAGUAAAAAAUGGAUUAGUGACGAUGAUCGUCAUUUGUCUAGAGACUGUGCUGUAGCUGAAAUGGGCGGGGGCACUGGCAUGACAACGAAUCAAAAUUCAUGCGGCAUGUCAGGUGGUGGUAACAAUGAUAUGGCCUUGCCACCAUUUGCGGUGCCUCAGAGUAAUAACGACGAUCCGACAAAACUAAUGGGUUCCAAUAGAGAUUUUCUUUCACGACUCAUUAACUCCGCCAAUCCAUCUCACAACCAUCAUACAGGUAAUGCUAGAGAAGAAGAUGAAAACUCUUCAUUCCUAGAUGUUGUCGAAUCUAAUAAUGCUGCUGCUAAUGGUCAAAUGUCUCAGUAUCAUCACAAUUCUGGAAAUAAUGCUGGUGCUGGAGCAGCUGCCAAUACGGGUAAUGCAGUGACAAAUCCCAACAAUGGCUUGGGCGCCGCAAAUGGUUCGGCCAAUAAUCAAGGUGAAAAUAGUCAAAUGUCAAUGAAUUCCUUGUCACAAUCUCAAGCCUUUAUGAGUUCAUUUUAUAAUAAUGCAAAUGCAAGACUGAGUGGUACCGGUACGGGAUCAUCUUCCUCGGCCAGCAUGUUGGUUGAGGCAGCUUUAAAUUCUGUUGGCAACAUGAUCGACAAUGAUAAUAACGACUUAAAAGUCCCCACCGAAAAUAAUAUAAACACCGAUAGUCCCAUGAGUUCUCAUGUCGAUUCCGAAACAAAUCGUUUUAAUGCCUCAAAUCCAAUGGAUAACUUAGAGAGUGAAUUGAAAAUGAUGAAGAACUUAAAUAAUUUCCCCAUGCAAAUACCACCACUGCCAAUGUUUCCGAACCAAGGCAAUAAUCUUAAUUCUUGUAACAUAUCGCCCAGUGCUUCAACGCCAACAAAUCCCCGAAGCAACCAAAACAAUGAAGUGGAAGUGGAUGCCGGUUCUACGCCACGCGCUCAACACAUGGGUAAUGCGGGCAACAAUGAUGGAGAUCCAUUUCCGUCGGCGGCCCAACAUCGUACACCACCGUCACCUCAACCAAUUUCACCCGGGAGAGAUUACAGCAUGUUUGGUAACAAUCCUGGCUCAAAUGGUGGUACACCAGGUGGCCCUGGUACAGCGGGUAGUAAUAGUAGUGCUAAUAGCACGGGAGGCAAUAGUAGUAAUAACAACAUAUCAGCCUCUUCACCUUUACCCGCUGCUCUCGCUCAAAAUCAACGAAGAAAUGCUUCUAGUGUAGGUAGUAGUUAUCCCGAACAUGAACUUAUUUCACCAGCUUCCUCACCUUCAAUACCGCGUUAUAAUUUUAAUAAUGGUGAUGUUAUGCGACACAAGCACAGAUCUGAUUCGGAAAAUGAUAGAAGGCAGGCCUUGACGGGAGGCCAUAAUCACUUAUCAAGUGAUGAAGAAAAUAGUAUAAUGCCGCAAAACAGCGUGGGUCAAGAUAUGCGCAUGAAAUUCCCUCAAUCACAAAUGGAUUUGAUGUAUUCAAAAUAUGAAAGUUUAGCUAAUUCCACAGCUUUAAAGUAUAACAAUCAAAAUAUUGAUUCGCCCACAGAAUAUCGCACCAGUAACUCCGCUGCGACUGCCAGUUCAAAUAACGACAUAUCAGAUCUACAAGGCCUGGAUAUGUCAUCCCGUUCAAAUGUUAGCUCUUCAAACUAUCAUCAUAAUUUCCAAUUGCCCAGUAAUAGUUCAGCCAAUUUGCCGGGCAUUGGCAGAUAUCACCAUCACAUCUAUGAUAUACUAUCCGAAAGAGAACAGAAUCAACAGUCACAAUCCCAAAGUCAACAACAGCAUCAUAGUUCUUCUUCCGGUGGUUCCGGCACAGGUUCACAACACCAGCAACAGGAACAUCCCAGCCAACUAAGCAUGCAGCAACAUCAAUCCGCUAUGCAUAGCAUGCUCUCCGAUCAACUGAGUGAACAGGAACAUGAUCAAGCUACAUCGGUUGAUUUAAGUCGUACUGCCAACUAUGUAGUACCCUCGCCUCCCCAACUACCCUACAAUCAUCCUCACCAUGACAUGUUAAGAAUGGCUUCAUUAGAUCUUACUCCUAAUACCAAUAUGUCCGUUGGUAACAACCGCUCAUUCCUUUCAUCUCAAAUGCAACAUCAAAGUCGUGAGAGUCUCGAACACCAUCGUCUUCUUUCGACCGUUGAACAGCAUCGUAUAUUAGCUGCCUCAAAUGCUGCUGCCGCCGAUCAACAUCGUUUGCUUGUUGAUCCCACAGCUCAUUUACUAAUGGAACAAAAUAAUCGUUUAUUGGGUUCCGAUCAAUCGCGUCUAUUGGGUGAGACUGCCCAGAAUCGUCAUAUGGCUCGUGGUUUUGGUGCUUAUCAUCAAGUUGCCUCUAGUAAUUAUCAUCCGGGCGUUAGACCACCAGUAUUACCCUCGGCUAAUCAUCAUGCUUCCAAUCCCUCAAAUUAUCAUCCAUUCCCUGCUUACUAUUAGUUAAGGAUUUAAGAUGGUAUAAUGGGCGAAGUUUAACAAAGUAAAGUCUGCUUUAGGUAAAAAAUGUAUUUUGAUUUUAAGAUUAUGGACAGAUAAGUGGGAAGUGCAAAAAGUAAAUAUUAUAGAAUUGUUUACAUUAAUCCUCCACAGCGAGCUAUAAUAUUUUAGGAAUAAUUCUAGUUCAGUUCUAGCUUAGUUCUAGUUCAGUUCUAAUUCAGUUCUAGUUCAGUUCUAGUUCAG